AUGAUUCAUGGUGUUAUUCAAGAUGUGGUUGUGAAUGGCGCAACUGUAAUUUCAACUCCAAUUUUGAGUAUAAUAAACAGGAAACAUCAACAUGUAGACAAAGGAGGAGUCACAAAUGAGAUUAGAUGGCGGAUGUUAAGUGGGAAAAGUCGUUAUCCUGAACAUUUGCCCCUCCUCUCAAGGGCUGCUGCCAUUUUCUGGGAGUGUUUUGAUCCCAUUGAAGGAGCAUCUGGCCAUGAUCUAAUCCCUGUAAUGGUAUACGGGUAUGCUGUGGUUGAAUUUCAUCUUUUAUCAACCUUGAAAUUCUUCAAGUUUUCAAUUUGCCCCCCUCCACUUUUGCAGGAGAAAUAUAUCUGGAUAGGAGUUUGGUGGGAUAUAUUUUGUUGUUCUGAUGGCAGGGUUAGAAGACUAUCUGCUUGUGAGACAAUGGGAUCUGCUAUUAUUUUGCAAUGAUAAAAUUGGAACAUUGACAUUAAAUUUGAUGAUAGUGGUUGAGGUUUAUAUAUGUGGUAAGAAAAUUGAUCCACCAAAUAAAACGUCUGAGUUGCCAUCUAGACUUGUAUCUCUUCUCAUUGAACUGGCAGUGUAUUUUUACCUAAGGUAAAUUCGUUAAGAAUUUAUUUAUUUUAAAAAUAAUUUUUUGUAAUCGUUUGAAACUUUUGAUAUAGGUUGGUGGAAAUGUGGAGGUACCAUUUACUCAUAUAUUAUUUUCUUUUAUAAAUUUUAAUUUUCUUUUAUCAUCUUUAGUAGUUCAUGCAUUCUCCUUCAACUCAGAGAAAAAACGAGGCGAGGUUACAAUCAAACUGGAAAAAUCAUAUUUUUAUUUGUAUUUUAUUAUAAUUAUUUUUAUUUAAUUGUUUUUAGUAUUUGGUAUUAUACUUGUUCUAACAUUUUAUUUAUUAAAGAAACUUUAUAUUUGAAAGUACAGGUGUCUAA